AUGGACACUGGUGCCUACCUUCGCAAGCAAGGUUGGCUUGGUGACGGUCAUUCACUUGAUCAUACGGGUAAAGGCAUCAAAAGGCCUUUGCUCGUCAGCAAGAAGGUCGACGUACUUGGAGUCGGCCUGAACAAGCAUACAGCUGUCUCGGAUCAGUGGUGGCUGCGCGCCUUCGAUCAAGGUCUCAAGGCAUUGGGCACGGGCCAAGAGAGUGUAUUGAGUCAAGUACAAAAGCACGGAGUGAGUCGAGGCGGCCUGUACGGACGGUUCGUGAAGGGAGAUGGUGUGCCGGGCACUAUUGGAUCA